AUGGCAGCGGAACGACGCCCGGCCGACUACGGCGCACAUAGCAGUGCCAGUGCCGGUGAUCACCACCUCGGCGCGUCGAGUACUGGCAGCUUGGAAAGCAGCAGACCUCGGCACCAGAUCGACGACCGCAAGCUGUCCUUUGAAGAGCCUGCAGGCCACCUCGAUCUCGACGAUGCCGACCGCCAUUCUAGCACAACCACAUCGGUUACAUCACAGCCAAAGCUGCAGCUACUACCACAGACCACGACUCGUCACGACCGUGCCAUUUCCUCGGAACCCGACUGCAAGGCUGCCCAAUGCCACAAUGGGGGCCUAGAUCCGUCCGACCAAACAGAACCUGAAGCGGACGCCUUGCAGACAUCCAAUCUGGCCACUGCACGUGUAGCAACUGUGGCGGCACCUCCCUUGGCACGCUCGACGCCAACGCCUUCCCCUCGCCGCCAACAGCAGCUCUCCUCCUCGUCCAUCCUUUCUGCAUCCUCGACAUCCACCCACAACGACUAUCCCACGUCGUCCGAUUUCGUCGUCGUCCUGCGUGACGCCAAACAGCAGAUUUCUGGCAACGAUCCUUCUGUGCGGCCGGACCAACCGCUGUACUUUUCUGUUCAGUCUCCAGGCGCAGACCGGUCUUCAUCCCGCGACUACUUUCAUGCCCCAGGCCGGCCGGACCGGACUCCGACGUUGCCCGCGGCACCAGCAUCUGGGGCAUCCGGCGACAGGCCACCGAUUGCGAUUCCGAUCUCGAAGCAACCCGGUUCAGCACUCCGUUCGCGUGCGACACACUCCUCUACAGAUGACACCGAUACUGACUCGCGAAACGCAUUGGCCGCCUUGACGACAAAGCGACGCACGAAUAGCCGGCGGGAAUCGGGUGACAAGUCGGACGGCAGCGCCGAUACAGCGGUGGCUGCCGAGGACGGCGACGACUCGGGCGAAGAAAAGAUAUCGGCUUUGUUUGUUCCCCAUCAGAGCGUCGAAGAGGGCGCAGAGACGCCACCACUGGGAAGCACACCGAAUGGAGCGAUCGCCGCUCCCGCGUCCUCGGUCGGGGCUCUGCAGCCAAACCGGGAAACCUUCAGCACAUGGCGGAGUGAAAGCACGACGACCGAGCACGACGUGGCUCACCCAACACCCGUCCCUUCUUCGAACCUGUCUCCCGAAUUUAGCAACAAGAUCCGCCGGCAGAUGUCUCACAGCGACCAUCAGUAUGCCGCGCGAAUUGCAUCCCAUCCGGUUACACCAAGCGAGGAGCCCGAGCCGGUUGUGUCUGACAGCGCCGACACGGCGGUGGAGAUGCCGUCGCGACCCAUGUCGCAGUACUUUGAGGAGCCUGACGUUGAUACUCAGCCCGAGCCUAGCCAGCCGCGAGACGCUAUCGAGCUGAUCCCGUACAAACACCAAGUCGGCGGCCAUACUACUUUGUGGCGCUUUUCCAAGCGGGCCGUGUGCAAGCAACUGACCAACCGAGAAAAUGAGUUUUACGAGCGGAUUGAGCGGUACCACAGAGACCUGCUCCCUUUCCUGCCCAGGUACAUUGGUGUUUUGAAUGUGACGUUCCACAAGAAGCCUCGGCGCAAGUCGACAAUGAAGAAGGACGAUGUGGCUGCCGCUGAACUGAAACAAAUUGGCCAAGGCGAGCUUAGCGCUGUUGUCAAGGACAAUAACACAGAGUCGUCCUCGACCGCUCGCGACGAUGCAGCUAUAGCAACCUCUGCCGCUCCGACGACCACCAGAAUCAUCAGUCAAUCCAUCCAGAACUCGCAGACACAGCCAAACGGCGCGUCUUCGAACAACACGCCGCGGGGCUCCCAAUCUGCUACCACAACCGCCGAAAACAAACUGCUUAGAGAGCACCUGCAAAGGGCAGUUGGCGGUGCUGAACAGCAGGACUUUGUACUGCAUGGGCCUCCUGCGCGUAGUACUGCUACCCGUCCUACCCUGGAAGGUCGUCACUUGAACAGCUGGGGUGCCACGCUGGUGAAUAAGCGCUUGCGCAACGAGGUUUUUACCGAUGCAUUUCUCAAGCAGCCGGUGGAUGUUCAAAAGUACCAAAAGGGCAAGACGGCGCGCGCAGUUCCGCGGAAGAUCCUUCAGCAGCACGUCCUGCGCCCGUCCAAUUCAGAGUCAACCUUGGUUACCGAACGCGAGCGCCGUGCCAGCGCCGAUGCUGCCCAAAAGAACCAGUUCGCCAACCCUUUCAAGACCGACACUGUGCCCACUGCGUCUAUGAUGCUCACGCAGAGCGACAUGGGGCCCGUGGUGAAGAGUCUGAAUGACGAGGCUGUUGUCGAUGACGUCGAAAGUCCAAAGGAUGUGACCGGUACUAGUGCGCCCGAGGCACAGAACUUUGUCGACCAGCUGCGGCCGUUGCACCGCAGACGUCGCUACUCUGGCACCGGCCUGCGGCGCAAGCCUAAGAAUGUGACUGACCCCCGUGGUGACCUCAAGUACUACGAAGGAGCUGAUGAGGCUGCAUACAAGGCCGACAUUGAUGACAUGACCACCGCGAAUACGACGACAAACACCAGCCGGUCGUCCUUUAACGCUUCGAUGGCCUUGGCUGCAUUUGAAGACCGCUUUGCCCGUCACGAGAUCGCAAACCAUCCCACCGAAGCUGGCGACAAGACCGAGAAUCAUAGCACGAUUUCUGCCAUGGACAUUAAGAAGCCGCAGCAUAGCAAUCGCGGAUUCAGCAACCUGUCGCACCAGCUUGAGAUGGAUGCUCCAGCCGAGGCUACCCCUGUGCAAGGCCCUGUGCCGUUCCUAGCCAACUCGACUGCUAUGGCCUUGGCCGGCAGCCCGUCCGAGUUUAGGAAAAUCCCGCGGCCCAUCAACCCCAAAGAAGCAAAGACGCACUCCGGGUCUCGGCAGGAGUACUUUUUGCUCUUGGAAGAUCUUACGGCGGGCAUGAAACGACCAUGCAUCAUGGAUCUCAAGAUGGGCACCCGGCAGUACGGUGUCGAAGCCAGCCCCAAGAAACAGCUCUCCCAGCAGCGCAAAUGCGCAAACACUACAUCGCGUGAGCUUGGUGUGCGCAUCUGUGGUAUGCAGGUGUGGAACGCGUCUUUGGAGAACUACAUCUACCACGACAAGUACUUUGGCCGCAACGUCAAGGCAGGCCAGGAGUUCAAGAGCGUCAUCCGGGAGUUUUUGUACGACGGUUCCGACCUCUCUAGCAUUUUGCGGCACAUCCCAACCAUGCUCGAGAAGCUCAGGCAGCUGGAGAAAAUCAUCCGUCGCCUCCGCGGCUACCGUUUCUACGCUGCGAGUCUUCUCGUCUUUUACGACGGCGACCAGAGCAACAGGGACGACGGCAGCGGCGCGUUGACCGGCGGCGAGGACACGGCCAUUGAAGACUCGACGACGGACUUCGCCACGGACAACGAAGACCUGUCCGUCCGCGACGAGAUUAUGCGUCGCCGCCGCCAGCGCCGUCGGGACAAGCGCGAGAUCGAUUUCAAGAUGGCCGACUUUGCCAACAGCGUGAUUGAGGCUGACGCUGUCAAGAAUCGACCGUGCCCGCCGCAGCACCCGUCGGACGUCGACCGUGGCUUUUUGCAUGGCCUGCGGUCUCUGCAGCGCUACUUGACGCAGAUUCAGCGCGACGUGCGGUCAGAGAUGGGUCUGGCCUGGCCGCUUCGUAACCUGGACCAACGUGACAUGGACUUGAACACCUGGGACGACCCUGGCGAUGUGAGCGAGUAA